UCAUCGAGCCGAUUUGAACCUCCGAAUCAAUCACUGCGGGGGAAAAUCUCAAUCCGAAGAUUGUAUCCCUGAUUAUUAAUGGCAGAUUUAUUCGGUGAAGUUGUGUAUCCCAGCUCUCGUGCAUUUUGGACCGAGGACGACGGUGAGAAUGGAGAAGCAGGGGAUGACACAGUAUCAUUCACAAUUGAUUGGAUAGAAACUUGCCCGGAGAAGAUGAAAACAUUAAUAAUAGCAGAAACCCCGUUAAUAAAAGAUUUCAUCGAGAAAUGCGUUAUUCAAGACCACAAAUGCAUCUGCAACAUCAAAUCUCCAAAUAAAAAAGAAUCCUCGAGAAUCCACCAACUGCCCAAUGAUUUAUUUCUCUGCCUAGUCGAUCCCGAAGUGAAUCUCACGAUAGCUGGUGACUUUAUCGAAGCUAUAUCUCCAAUUCUCUCAAAAUCCGAAAAUACAAUCGCCAUCACAUGCAACCACGUGUCGCAGCUUAAAUGUGGCGAGAAAACCCCAGAGCUUUCGUUUAUGAGAUCUUUAUCGACGAGAGCAGUUUCAGAAAAGCAAAGAAAAUUCUUUUCUGUACUGAGUCAACCGAAUAUCGUGGCAGGAGUCGCAGCUGGAGCGAUAGCAUAUGCAGAAGUGAUGGACCUCCCCGGGACGCUCGCAGUCCUCUACCUGGACGGUUUCGAGCUCGACUCGACAUCAGCAGAGCCCCUGAUAAAGCUCUUUAAAGAGCUGUUGUCCUACGACCUCAAAGACUUCCACGUGGCCUCAAGUCUAUUCUUAGAGAAAGGGAACUUGUACAUGUGAAACCCACCAAUCUCUUCUUCCUCACCAAUAAAAUCUUUAUUCAAACAUAA